UUUUCCCCUUUUUUUCACAACAUCUUCCGGUGAUUUCUGAAACUUCCUGCCGCCUUCUGAUUUCUCACAUUUCGAAUCCUGCCAACAAUUUCUUUACACGGCAAUCGAAGAUGAGUUCUGGAAUCAAAUCUGCAAAACCCUCGAGACCUCCGAAUCCAGCGAGCACAGCGCCUUCAAGAUCGUCAACUUCUUCAUUAUCUUCCCACUUGGCAAUGGUGGAACUCAAGCAGCGAAUCCUUAUAUCUCUUUCCAAGCUCUCUGACCGCGACACACACCAGAUAGCCGUGGAAGACCUCGAGAAGAUCAUCCAGACUCUCUCCCAUGACGGAGUCCCUAUGUUUCUAAACUGUCUCUACGAUGCCGCCAAUGAUUCCAAGCCUGCCGUCAAGAAGGAGAGCCUCCAGCUCCUGGCUGCCCUCUGUGCUGCCCACAGCGAUUACACGGCUACUCAUUUGACUAAAAUCAUUGCUCACAUAGUGAAGAGGCUGAAGGAUCCGGAUUCGGCCGUCAGGGACGCGUGCCGUGAUGCCAUUGGCUCGCUUUCCUCAUUGUACCUCAAGGGGGAGGCUGAGACAGGUGGGCUUGGAUCAGUGGUCUCCCUGUUUGUGAAGCCUCUUUUCGAGGCUAUGGGCGAGAAUAACAAGACUGUGCAAGGUGGAGCUGCAAUGUGUAUGGCUAAAAUGGUGGAUUGUGCCUCCAACCCGCCUGUUGCAGCUUUUCAGAAGCUUUGUCCACGGAUCUGCAAGUACCUUAAUAGUCCCAAUUUCAUGGCAAAAGCUUCACUUCUGUUUGUUGUGUCAAGCUUAUCUCAGGUUGGAGCCAUUGCAGCACAAAAUUUUGAGUCAUUGUUACGGAGCUUACAAGAAUGCAUUAGCAGUUCAGAGUGGGCAACACGUAAGGCUGCAGCUGAUACUUUAACUGUCCUGGCAUUGCAUUCGAGCAACUUAGUAACUGAGGAAGCUGCUUCAGUAUUGGCCGUGCUUGAAGCAUCUCGGUUUGACAAGAUAAAGCCUGUUAGAGAUAGUAUGUCGGAGGCCUUGCAGCUGUGGAAAAAAAUUGCAGGAAAAGGAAACAUAGUAGUGCAUGAUCCAAAAUCUAAAUCUCAUGAUGGUGAAAUUUCUGAAUCAGCUGAUUCAUCAAAGAGUAAGGAGCCUCAAAAUCAUGAGAAGCAGGAGACAGUGGUUAACGAUGCUUCCAGCAAACGUUCUCCAAGUGAUUCGUUUUCGAAACCCAAGGGUGGAAACAUCUCUGAAAAAACUGUUGGGAUAUUAAAGAAAAAAGUUCCAACUCUGACUGAUAAGGUAUGGAACCAAGAAUUUUUCCAAAAACUUGAAACAAGGGGUUCAGGUGAUUUGACUGUUGAAGUUGUUGUCCCACGCCGUUGCCUUAAUACUCCCAAUGUACAAAAUGAGGAAGGAGAUGUGCCCAGUGAUGCAGCCAAUGAAAGAACAAGAGGAAACUGCCAGGCAAAUGAGAAAUAUAAUAAUGAAGACAAAGUCAUUUCUGGAGGGAGUUUUACAGAGCAAGAUAGAGUUAAUGAGGUUGAUUUAAGCCAAAGGGAGCAGGCGAGCAGUCAUGCCGGACUUUCUAAAGGUGCUGCACAGUCAGAGGGGUUUCUAAAUAACAAAGGAAACUGGCUAGCCAUUCAAAGGCAAUUAUUGCAACUUGAGAGGCAACAGACUCAUCUCAUGAGCAUGUUGCAGGAUUUCAUGGGCGGAUCUCAUGAUAGCAUGAUCACUCUAGAAAAUAGGGUGCGUGGUCUCGAAAGAGUUGUUGAAGAGAUGGCACAAGAUUUAUCAAUAUCUUCAGGUCGAAGAGGUAGUAAUUAUAUUACUGGAUUUGACGGAUCAUCAACUAACAGGCGUAUGUUAGUUGGUGGCGGAAAAUUGGUGACGGGUAGUGAUGGGCGCAUUCAUUUUGGGGAAAGGUUUGCACAAUCUGAUGGCAUGCCUUCAGGGAUAAGGGGAAGGGGUCCGCAUUGGAGAACGGAAGCGAAUGAUGGUUGGGACUUCCAUACAUAUGGUAAGAAUGCGUAUAUGGGCUGUAGAAGAGCUGUGGCUAGUGCUUCCUACGAUGGCAGAUCUCCUAAAUCUGAAAGUGAGACAGAUCAGGCGGGAAGCAGAAGAGCCUGGGACAAAGGAGCUCUACCUUUUGGGUUUGGUGAGGGGCCUUCUGCUAGAAGUGUCUGGCGAGCCUCAAAGGACGAAGCGACUCUGCAAGCAAUACGUGUUGCUGGGGAUGAUAGUAGAUCUGCUCGAGGUGCUAGAGUUGCUGUUCCAGAAUUAACGGCCGAAGCUUUAGGUGAUGGUAACAAUGUCCAUGAACGCGAUCCGGUCUGGACUUCUUGGAGUAAUGCCAUGGAAGCACUUCUUGUGGGAGAUGUAGAUUCAGCUUUUGCUGAAGUUUUAUCUACCGAAGAUGAUGUCCUCCUUGUAAAGCUAAUGGAGAGAUCGGGUCCUGUGAUGGACCAGCUGUCUAAUGAUGUAGUAAGUGAGGUCUUGCAUGCAGUUACUCAGUUUCUGAUGGAACAAAACUUGUUGUACAUUGGCUUAUCUUGGGUUCAGCAGCUGGUAGAUAUUGUAGUAGAGCAUGGACCGGAUAGUGUGGCUGUACCCGAUGAAGUGAAGAAAGAACUAGUGUCGAAUUUGCACAACGUGACUUCAACAGUUGAAUUUCCCGAGGAUUGGGAUGGUCCAACUCCAGACCAACUCUUAGUGCAGUUGGCUUCUACCUGGGAAAUUGAUCUGAAGUAACCUUUGUUGAUCUAUUCUCAUAUUGGGAUAGCAGCCUCUAAAAUGUACACAAAACCAUUGUCCUGAUCUUUGUCUGUUUACGUUCUUUGUGCGGUAUAGUUUUGGCAUAGGCAUUUGUAAGUAUAAAGUGUAAUGUUCGUUUCGAUGAGAUCUCACUGAGCUUGUUAUAACUCUGGCUUUGGAUGAAAGUAUCAAAUGGAUUUUAAUCUGUUAGAAACGUGGUAGUGCCACCAUGGAAAUGAAAUGAACAAUACAUGUAACGAAUUGCUGAGCAUAAACUUAUAAAAUGUGG